CCAGGUAAGUGUACCUGCCCAGGUAUGCUUAGUACUGUUGUUUCCUGGUAGUGUCUUACGGACCCUCCAUUGAAAUUGACCCGCCAUCAUGUUUCUGUGGAGAAAACUUUCCUCUGAGUGUGUGACCCACCAUCCCAGUCAUCACCAUGGAUACACUAGCUCCGCAGUCUGUGUUAGACCACAGAUCUAACAAGAAGGAAUCGCUUUUGGUCUCGGAUCGUAUAACUCGCCACAAAUCUGCAAGUAAUCCAUCGGAUCAGGUGUCUGAUAGUGAGGAGAUUGACAUUAGGAUUCCCCAGCCCUACAGGACCAGUUUCAGUGCUGUGCUUACUCCUGCCAGAGUGUCGAAAGAGCGCAGUCGAUCGACGAGUCCAGCUCGCGUUUUAACAUCCAGCAUGAAAUCUGAACACGGUGCAGUAGGGCGCAAGCUGAGCCCAAAACAUGUGACAUAUGAUGCCAAAGUUACUGUGAGACAUUCAGACUCGUAUGAUCAUGAAACGGAGGUUCUGCAAGGGGACGAGCUGAACUCGAGUGUGGACCCAGCUUUUGAUCCUUCAUUUACAGAUUAUGAAAGCCCAGGAGGAAAAAUGGAUUAUUCUUCAAAAAUCAGGGAAAUGACUGAGCUGAUUGUGAAUGAAUACUCUGAUAAAAAUGGUGUUGAUGUGACAGAUUCUAGUCAGAACAGUCGGAAAAGAGUGAUGGGACGGCAGAAUGCUAAAAAUGGAUUGACCAAUGGCGGAUCUCCCUCCCCACAGAAACCAAUGCCUCCUGUACACCAGCUGAGUAAGGAAUACGAUCAUGACCGGACAGUAAGUUACAGACAGGCAAUCACAAACCAGUACUCGGAGGAAGUGAAGAAGUUAGCAGAGGCCAAAAUUGAGGAGAGGUACCCACCAGGGGCCAGAAUUACGCACAAUAGCCUGGUUAAAGAUGUCAAAGCUGAGCGGUCAAAUUCGGUGCCUUCACAUCCCGGUCUAGAGGAUAAUAACAGACUAACUCCAACAAAAAAAUCUGUUGGAGGCAGCAUUGGAAACUUUUUUAGAAAGUUAUCUCCGAGACUGGGGCGGAAAUCUCGCAAGGACAAGGGAUCUACCUCAAGUGUAGACACAGCUGGGUCUCAGGAUAUGAGUUUAUCUCGCAGUAAAGUGAGGAGCUCCUUUCUGAAGCUGAUGGGACGGUCCAAAACACAGUCUACGACCAGGAGCCAGGACAGUCUGGAUUAUCUGUCAGCUGACCGCGAGGCUGGCUUUGUCCAGGAAGACAAACAAAACCAAAUGCCAACCUCUUCCAACAGAAUUCUCAAGUCCAUCGAACAAAACACCAUCACAGAGCGAGACGUCUACCAAAGAUUCAAAGAAAAACAAUCACCAAAGAGUUCAUCAGAGUCUUCUCAGCUCCAGGGAGAGGUCCAUCGACAAAGCAGACCCCAGGCCAUGAGGGCCACUGCUGCACUGUCACCACCAGGGACGGACAAAGAGAAUUUGUCUCAGGCGGAUGCUCCCUCUUCCAGUGGUGAACAGUCGGUUGCUGAGCCACUGACCCGCGUGGAUCCACCUAGCUCUCUGGACAUCCGUGUGGUGGCGAAAUCCCCGAGAGUUCUACAGUCCUCCAUGCUCAGUGCACUUUCUAAUGAGGAUUCCAUUGGUGAAUGUUCCCUUGACAACACACUCACAGAUAGUGAAGCCUCAUUAUUAAGUCGAGGUGGGUCUAGUAACAGCUCCAAGAGACCAGCUUUAGGCAGCAGAGCGAAUACCCUCGGAUCUGAGAGUGCCCUCAGCCCUACCUCCCUACCGGGGGAUCAUUACUCCGGGAAAAUCCGAUCUACGUCAGACAAUGCAGUACUUUUCACAAGCAUGCCAAAACUGGCCUCAGUGGCUGACACGGAAUUUAAAGAGAACACAAAGACUCCGUCGUAUCUAAAACUAAGUGGUGCUGUGAGUGGAUACGGGAGAUAUAGCCAGUAUAGUUCGUAUAAAUCCAUAGAAAAGCGUUCACCGUACUCUAGCUGUUCAUCAUUACAAUCAGACAACAAAUCCAAUCCAGACAUGCCAGUCACUAAAGUGACCUCCCCUUUGAGAAAGACCUCAGCUACUAACAGUAACCUAGAACUGGGUUUAAUAUGUCCCCAGCCCCUAGUGUAUGACAAUGGUCUUAUCUCUAAUGGUACCUCAGAAAAUGGACAGUUUGUACUACCGGAAGAUCACUAUCCAACUGGAGACAGACAACAGGAUGGUGAAUACUUUUUGAAUAUCACUCAACAGUGGGCGGACAGAUUGAUGACCCAAUGUCACCAGAUCGAGGGAUACCUGCAGAGUCCCAAUAUCUCCGAGGACGUGCGGGGCAAAAUUCGAGCAGCUGUGGGGAAGGCCAAUUUACUGAUCUCUCAGAAGUUUAAGCAGUUCCGUGAACUAUGUGCAGAACAUAUGAAUCCUACAGAAGACGGCAAGGUGUUGAAGUGGGCUGACCUACAGGGAUUCUGGGAGAUGAUUAAGAUCCAGGCGGACAACAUUGAUGACAACUUCGCAGAACUCGACCUGAUGAGACAGAAUGGAUGGAAGGAACUGGCAGCUCAUUCACGAGGAAGUUCUGUAAACUCGAGUCCAAAGUCAGGAAGCAUAUCGCUUAGCAACGGGAGCACUCCUAAUGGAACACCAGGAUCCCGACGGAAAACUACCAGAUCCAAAGAUACCCCCGAGUCUUCCCCAGAAAGGACAGAGAAAAUGAGGGCAGCAGCAAAAGCCCGUGAAGAGGCUCGCAAAAAAUUGCUGGCUGACAGACGUGCAGCCAUGAAACAGAAACAAAAACCAGACGAUGUCGAGAUAUUCAUCUCGUAAAAAAUGGAAAUCUAAAUUUUACACAACUGCCAGAUUGUCAAGUAUUCUGAAGCAAGUACUUGUGCCAUAAAAUAGCAGGGAUGAUUUCAUUAAACAGUGAACUGAGCAAGAUCCAAAAGGAGACCUAGUGUGGUUUUCUAAACUGGAAAUCCACAGUAUCACUUCUGAAAGUUCGCCAGAACAUCCGAUAAAAGGAUUGGAAAACAUCUAAACUGGUUAUUGCAUUACAGAUUUUGUGAGUUGAAGUACAAUGUGCAAUAUUUGUGAAUUCCAAGGUAUCGCUGUGUGGUGUAUCAGUGUGUAUUAUGGGGUAGCCCAGUCCACCAUUUAAUGAUGGUCAGAGGGAUUGUAUGUAACUGUCCACCAUAUAACGAUGGUCAGAGGUAUUUAUGUAACUGUUGUCACUUGUGAGUACAACAGUACCUGUACCAAAUGAAUAUUUAAUUUAAAGUCAAAUGUGCCAAGGGCUAUUUGGGUAUUGUUGCAAGGUUUUUUAAAUGUGGUCCCCCCUUUUUUCUCCUCCAGAAAGCAUCUUUGAUUGUUCAUAAAGCAUCUUUGAUUGUUCAUUCAAAAAUUAAAAACAUUGAAAUAGAAAAAUAUAUAUGCUAAUCUAGUCAUCAAUAUAAAACAAUCAGAGAGCAUCAAACUGGUAUGAACAAGCUAUGUGUAUGCAGCGUGGAAUUUCGUAGGAAAGGCGUCCUUGUGCUGCUUCUGGGACAUUCCUUCAUUAAAUACUUCAGAGGGUUAUUCAAACUUUCAAAAGAAAAACCAACUUUCGCACUUCAAAUUUGAAAGAUUGAAGUCUGACACACUCUGGGGUUUUAAGUAAAGGGGAAUCUUUUUACUCUUCAGAGUUCAAAAACUAUUUCUUGCAAAAUGUUACAAAGGGAGGUAACCCAUACUCUGUAACAUGUUAAGUAGGGGUAUUUAUUAUUUUAGUUGCCAUUAAUUAUACAUACCAAGGUCAUUUCAUUACAAACAUUUACAUUUACUGCAAGGCUGAUAUUUUGUUGGGAAGUGGCUCCUAUCUGAAGGCUGUUUGAUUUCGUAAACUGGUAAUAUUCUGUUCAGAGCAGUGUUUUAAAAUGUAUGAAAAUGACGAAUGACUCUUUACCAGACCACAAUUCUGUGUAUAUAUUGUUGAAAUUUUAUGGCUUCUUGCAUGCUUUUUUUUUAAUUGAAUUGACUUAGAACAUUGAAUAUUUAGAAAAUUUCAAAUGGCUUUUUAGCAGUCGAAUGUUUUUAGUAAAACUACUGAAAGUUAAAGCGGAUUUUUAGCGAAUUAUUUGUUGUAUUGAAACUUUAUUUUAAUCUUUUACGAAAGGAUUAACUUAAAAUGCUUCAAGAUUAUUUUUUUUUAACUUAAAAUUAUCAACAUCUAACGAAUCUCAUUACUUUUUCAUUAUCGUCAGUUAUCUAUUUAUUUUUAACAAGUCACAUUGGUUACGAAUAUUGCAUUUGUUAUUUUGAUUAGGUUUGUGUUGUGAAUUCAUUGUAUCACCCAGCUGUAUUUGGAAUGGUACUUAUCCAUACUGUGUUUUUAUUCAUGGAAUACUGACUUUUCAGUAAGAACUUCUCCUCUUAUUGACCACAAAACAAAAUGAUAUUACAGUACUUGUAGUUGUUGUGACUUCGAAAUUAUUUGUUACAUUAAUGUUAUAAUCGCAGUGCCUAUUAUUUCAUGGAAUAAAACGUUACCAGAAAAAUUA